AUGUCUGAUAACGAAAUAAUACACGAAUGUUUUAAUAAAACGCAUACUGAAUGGAGUAUUACAGGGUUUCUAAACGAAAGCAGUGAAGAGCCAUUCCAACUAAAGUUGGACUUAUAUAUAAAAAGUCUCAAGCACAUUGUUAACUCUGAGCAAGGAAAGAGGCGUGAAAAAGCAGAAUAUCUCCUUAAUAAAUAUUAUCAGAAGGAAAUCUCUCAGUACUGGUCCCAUUGGGGGCACAGACAAUCUCUUAGUUUGGCUGUGUUAAAGUCUCUUAGUCUAGCUGAUGGGAUGAAAGUCAAUGGAAAAUUUUGGACAUACUA